UGUUUCUGUAUUGAGAUAUCUGUAAGCGUAAAAUUUGUCUAUAAAGCGCGAGCGUUUUUGGCACAAAAAAAAAUUGACAGAUAAUUGGAACGCCAAAUGUCAUUGCAUAUACCAUAAAAAAAAAAGAAAAAAAAAUGACUGCAACGAAAAACGAAAGUACCGAGACCUGUUGGCAUCAAAUGAAAGCGGAUGGCGCUAAAUUGCAAUCCCUCUUGGAAGACCCUUUGCCCGCGAAUGAUACUUCACGUUUACGCGCUGAUGAACUCUUCUUAGGUUUUGAUAACACUACGGGAGAUACAUGGAUUUAUCCCAGUAAUAUGCCAUGUCGUUCGUAUCAAUUGAGUAUGACGCAAGCAGCGCUUUAUCGUAAUACUUUGAUAGUAUUGCCAACAGGGCUAGGUAAAACAUUUAUAGCUGCUGUGGUCAUGUACAAUCUAUAUCGUUGGUAUCCAAGAGGCAAAGUGAUAUUUAUGGCUCCUACGAGACCGUUAGUCAAUCAACAAAUUGAGGCUUGCAAAAAUAUAAUGCCUUUUCCUCCUCAGGAUACCGUUGAAUUAACCGGGAAGCUGGCCAAACCGAAACGCACGGAAUUAUGGCAAAGCAAACGAGUAUUCUUCGUUACACCACAAGUAGUGCAAUCCGAUAUGUUUGGUGAUAUGCAUAGAGAUAGUUCAGCUGCCCUUAGCUUAGGACAGGAGAGUAAUUUUCCUUUUAAGGAUAUCAAAUUAGUAGUUGUGGACGAGGCGCAUAAGGCAAAAGGCCGUUAUGCAUAUACUGAGGUCGUCCAGGCCAUUGCCCGGCAAACGAAAUGCUUCCGUGUAUUAGCCUUAUCAGCGACCCCCGGCAGAACGCAAGACGAUGUGGCAGAAGUGUGCCGGAAUCUUCUGAUAAGUCAUUUAGAAGUACGUUGGGACAAUUCGAUCGAUGUGUCACCUUAUGUACACAAGCGACAUAUGCAAACUGUGGUAGUGAGUUUAGGCGAACAAAUACAAGAAAUACGCGAGAAUUUACUACUGAUCAUUGAUCCUUACUUAAGGCAGCUGAUUGAAGCUGAAGUUUUGUCGGGACAUAAAGAAAACAUUAAUCGUAACUUCUUACUCUACGAGCAAAAAAGAUUUCGUGAACGUUCCUUACGGCAUGGUAAUCAUCCCCUGCACGCAACAGUAAAUAGCAACUUUUCGACAUGCAUUAGUUUAUAUCACGCUUUGGAAUUGUUGGAACGCCAUGGACUACGAGUUUUCUUAAAUAAUUUCGAAGAAGACGAAGAUGGUAAUGCUAAGUAUGUUUUGCAAAUGGAUUUUCGUCUAAAAUCCUUAAUACAAAAAAUUAAACAACAAGUUGGACCCAAUCCGUUUGAGGUAUCUGCGGGAGUAAUGACUAAUGGACAAAUCGCCGAAAUGCCUAAAGAUUUAGAUUUCGGUCAUCCUAAGUUCGAAAAGGCUCGCGAAUGUUUAUUGAAGCAUUUUCAGGAGCAGGAAAAUUCUCGGGCCAUGGUCUUCUGUGAGUACCGCGAGUCCGUCCUGCUGAUCUAUCGCAUGCUAUUGCAAGAGAAGCCUUUACUUAAGCCGCGAUGUUUUGUUGGUCAGGGCGGUUCUUCCGGUGGGUUACGUGCUUUUACUCAAAAACAGCAAAUACAAAUAAUGAACGAUUUCCGUUCGGGAAAGAGUAACAUAUUAAUUGCUACUUCCAUUGGGGAGGAAGGCAUCGACGUGGGCGAAGUUGACUUAAUAAUAUGUUUUGACAUCAGUUCAGCUAAUCCAACGCGCUUUAUACAACGUAUUGGUCGGACAGGAAGACAAAGGAAUGGUAAAGUUGUGAUGUUAGUUACCGAAGGAAGAGAGCAAAAGUUGCUCAAGGAUGUAAUGGCGACUAAAGAUCAGCUUAAUAAAAAGUUGCUGCGCUCUCAAAUAGUGAAACAAUCGCUCUAUCAACAUAGCCAACGUUUGGUGCCGCCAGAAUUUACGCCAACGUGCGUACGCAGUUUUAUAAAACCCAUAGAGAAAGAAUUAAAGGAGGUUAAGGUAAAGAAAACAAAGACAACGCCAAACGCCAAAGGGAAAGUUAAUCAAGAUCUACGUAAAUAUUUCAAUUCAAAAACAUGUGAGGAAGAUAAGGCUAUGGAAUUUUUCCAACUUGAUCCUACACCGAAGGAAACCAAGCCAGGUUCUUACACGCAACAAUGUAUGCAGAAAAAAUACGAACGAAUUAAAGACCUGUUUAAAGAUUUCGAAGGCGCGCUUACGACAAAUGCCAGGAAAUGUGAGGAAAUGGCAGAAAGCCAAGUAAAAAAUAUUGGUGUAGAUCCCAAACACACCAGCAAGAUUAAUAAGUUCUUGAAAAUAAAACAAACCAGUCGAGGAGUUUUACUUAGAGCUGAAAUAACGGACUUGGCCCAACAUCUGAAGUCUCCUGAGAUGUCCAAUGAAAUGAAGAUAGCAUUAUUAGAACUUAAUCCGAAAUUUAUUGAGCAAAACUUGGAAAAUAUGAAAAUUUUGAACGCUCUCGGCGUUGAAAACGAAGAGGAUGUAUCUCCUGAAGAAAAAUCCGUGCGUGAAAUAAAUGAAAUAAUUCUUAAUCUUUUAGGAGGCGACAGUAAAAGCGUUGAAAAUUUCUUAUAUGACUUGGAGUUGAAAGAAAUUAGGGAACAAUGUACGAAAGAAGACAUGAAAAAGUUCAAGCAAAAGAUAGACCGAAUUCUGAAACCUUUCGAUAAUCAAGGUCUAUGUUGUGAUAACUACGACUACUUAAUGGCAGAAUUUCGAAAAACUUCACGCUAUCAAGAGCUUCUCGAGCAAAAAAAUUCUGAUAUUAUUAAGGGACAAUCUUUAGCCUAUGAUACUGUCAUGUUUAUGGACGAAACAACAGAGAACAGUUUGGAAUAUUCUCCUUCAAAUUCGAAGUAUUGCAAACAAUGGUCAGAACACAUAAAAAGUGAAUCAACACCAUUGUCAAAAGAAAAACCUAUUCAAAGCUAUUUUAUUCAUCAAACAAAUAGCAAAAAAGAGACGCGUCUACCCAUAGAGCAAGCAAAGCAAAAUAAAGGAAUCAAAAAUGGUUCUCAAGAAAAACUAAGCCUUUCACCCAUUCUUGCUCCCAAGCGGACUGCAAAUGUCUCCUCUUUACCUUCCGUUAGCAGAAAUUACGAAUUCAUUGAUAAUAGUGUUCCACAAUGUAAUGAUAACGAUGUCUCCGCUGCUUCAAGCAAGGCAACAAAAAAUUCCUUCCAUCAAGAACUGGAUAUGGACCUAGAAGCUUUUCUAUACCCUUUUCAAUCCAUAGAGCAAACAACGGAGAGUAAAGCCGCCAAGAAUGAUAUAAAAGGCAAUGAAUUUACAAAAACACAAUCGAAGCCAUCCAAGGAGGCAGCAGAGGUCUAUUCUUUACCUUCCGAUAGAUGUGCCUUUAUUGAUAAUAGUAUUCCCCAAUGGAAUGCUGCCUCAAUAGAGGCUUCAAAAAUAUCUUUACAGCAAGAACUGAAUGUGGAUUUGGAAGCUUUUCUUGACCCUUUUCAAUCCAUAGAGCACCCAAAACAAAGUAAAGCAAGCAAAAGUGAUAUAAAAAGCAAUGAAUUUACAAAAAUACAACUGAAGCAAGCGUUUACUAAUUCUCAAGAAAAACGAAAUCUUUCACCCAUCGCUGCUCCCAAGGAGGCUGCAAAUGAUUACAACUCAUCUUCCGAUGGGACAAAUUGCGAAUUUAUUGAUAAUACUAUUCCCCAACGUCAUGAUAUCUCUGCUGUUUCAAGCGAUGCGACGCAAGUUUCUUUGCAACAAGAGCUGGAUGUAGAUUUAGAAGCAUUUCUAGAACCUUUUCCAGAAGAGGAACUGCUUUUGCAGAAGCAACUGUCAAAAAAAGAAAUUGCCUCACCUUCCCAUUGUGAUAGUUUAAAAAAACCCGACAACCAAUCUCCUGAUCUCUUUUCUCUGUCAAGCAGUGCUAAUAGCCCUGGCGGCAAAAUUCAACGAAGCACUCCGCAAAGAAUCUUAAAAGCAUUGCAGGGAUUAACUCCAAUCAAUUCGCCGCCGCGUUCUACUAACACCAAACAAAUGGAAAAAAUUGAAAAGUCCCCCAGCUUAUUUGAGAUGUACUUAAAGAGCACACGCGGUAAAGGCAAAAUACGUUUACACGAAUCCCCUCGUCCUUCAAUUGCGGCCAUAGGCAAAGAUACUUCCGUAAUCCGAAUACCUCAGAACAGAGAGAGAGCACUUUCUAAACGUAAGAUUUUCGAUAGCGAUGAAGAAGUUCCUACGCGUAAGGAAUUAACUGCAAUAGACUGUAGGAGUAAUGAUGACACCGAAAGCGAUUUGGAAGAAAUACCAGCGACACAAAUGCCCCGGAGAAAUCGCCGGCGUUUCAACUGUUUUAUCAUGGCUGAAGCAGCUGUUAGCGGCCCGGAAACAAGCCAAGAUGAAGACGAAAGUGCAACCGAUCGCUACGUCCUGGACUCCAUGAUAGUAGCGAGCGACGAGGAGAACGAAAAUGCUCACUCGAGUACUCAUACCAAGGCCAUGUAUUUGCGGUCUUUGAAGAGUCCCAUACGGCAGCAGGGAGCCUUUAAAAUUCCUGCGCCCCGUGUUUAUGACGACGAUACGUCCAUAUUCUCUCAACCUUUAAGUCAAACUUGUUCCCAAUACAUAAGUGACUCUUUCGUAGUGGAUGACGAUCUAGCCGCGGAGACGAGUGAUCAAACGUUAUGUCCUUUAGAGAAAGCUGAAAAGCUAUUAGAAGCAAAACGUCGUAAAGGUAAAAGAAAAUACGCAACAGUAGUUGAUAUCAACCCUGUGCCGAAGAAACGUAGAAUUCGUACAUAUGUCAUCGAUGAUAAUACCUCAGAGGAGGAAGUGUAAAUAUGUUAAUAAAUAUAUUUGUUGUAAACUAUUUUUAUUAAGUGAUUGUAUAUGAAAAAGAAAAA